AUGCCGCGUCCUGGCAGCCUAAAGGACCCAGACAUCGCGGAACUAUUUAGUAAACAUGAUCCUGAAAAGAUCUUCGAGGACUUGCGUGAGAUCGGCCAUGGAUCUUUCGGCGCGGUCUACUACGCUCGCUGCAAUCUCACCAAGGAGAUUGUGGCUAUCAAGAAGAUGUCAUACUUGGGGAAACAGAGCGAGGAGAAAUGGCAGGAUAUUUUGAAGGAGAUAAAGUUUCUGAAGCAGUUAGACCAUCCAAAUACAAUAGAGUACAAGGGCUGUUAUAAGCGUGAGCAUACGGCAUGGCUUGUUAUGGAGUACUGUGUUGGUUCUGCUUCAGAUAUUAUUGAGGUUCACAAACGGCCUUUGAGAGAAGAAGAAAUUGCAGCGAUUUGUGAAGGAGUUGUGUGCGGACUAUCAUAUCUUCAUAGUCUUGGGAGAAUUCAUCGUGACAUCAAAGCUGGAAAUAUCUUGCUCACUGAAAAUGGCACAGUCAAGCUGGCAGACUUCGGUAGUGCAAGCAUUAAAUGUCCAGCCAACAGUUUCGUGGGCACUCCGUAUUGGAUGGCGCCAGAGGUUAUUUUGGCGAUGGACGAGGGACAGUAUGAUGGGAAGGUGGAUGUGUGGUCUCUUGGUAUAACGUGCAUCGAGUUGGCGGAACGUAAGCCCCCUUACUUCAAUAUGAAUGCCAUGUCAGCACUUUAUCAUAUAGCUCAGAAUGAUUCGCCAACACUACAAGCUCCUGAAUGGACAGAUACUUUUCGUUAUUUCGUUGAAGCCUGUCUUCAAAAAAAUCCUCAAGACCGACCAUCUUCCACAAAAUUGUUGUCCCAUCCAUACAUAACGAGGCCGCGCUCCCCUAAUGUGCUGGUGGAUUUAAUACAGAGGACGAAGGCUGCUGUGCGAGACCUAGAUAACCUCAGCUACAGAAAGAUGAAAAAGAUAUUAAUGAUAGAUGCAGACAACGAGAGUGCCUUUGGAGACAGUGAAGAAACGGCGGAAGAGCGAUCUGGUGGUGACAGCUCGAAGUCCAAUUCGGCGACUUCUGAGCACAGCGUAGCUGGUGCUUCUAGCCAGAGCUCUUCCUCUGGCAGUCUGCGGCGAAGACCUCAUCCCAUCAAUGCCAAUCAUCAUGGGCAGCAUCAACAACAGUCGCAAUACCAACAAUUCAAUCACCAGCAUUCUUCUCAUUCUGCCAGAGAGAGUGAGAGCCCUCUGCCGGCUUCACACGACGACUACGUCAAUAGGGACGCGUUGCGGGAUUACGCGAAUCGAGAUUCUCUAUGCGAUGACUACAGCGAGGACUACGCGAACAGAGAAGCGAUACGUGAGGCACAGAGAGAGAGGGAAAGGGAGAGGCAGGCCAACGAGUAUAGGGAGUACGUUAAUGCGCCGUCAACGUGGCAGCAAGACAGUGGAGACGACAACAGGAACACCCAGCGCCGUGCUACCCAUAGGGGUGUUAGCAAUAAUGUGUCGGCAGCAAUAUCACUUGUAUCGGAACAUGGUGCAAACAAUUUUGCUACAAUACGAACUACCAGCAUCGUCACAAAGCAGCAGAAAGAACAUAACCAUGAGAUGCACGAGCAGAUGUCCGGGUACAAGCGGAUGCGGCGUGAGCACCAGGCGGCGCUGCUGAAGCUAGAGGAGCGCUGCAAGGCCGACGUGGACGCGCACAAGGCACAGCUCGACCGCGAGUACGAUGCGCUGCUGCAGCAGCUCUCCCGCGACCUGGAACGCCUGCAGACAAAGCAUGCGCAAGAGUUGGAGCGAAAACAAAAGCAAAAUGCUGCGGCGGAGAAGAAGUUGAUCAAGGAUAUUACUGCGAGGCAGGAGCAAGAGCGCAAGGCGUUUGAAGCGCAACGUAAACGCGAGUAUAAGGCGAACAAGGAGCGCUGGAAAAAAGAACUCAGUAUGGAUGAUGCCACACCCAAGAGACAGAGGGAUGCGACAUUACAAUCGCAAAAAGACAACCUGAAGCAGGCGGAGGAGGCAGAGCAGGCUCGACUGGUGCGGUCUCAGCGCGAGUACCUGGAGCUGGAGCUGCGCCGCUUCCGUCGGCGCCGCAUGCUCGCCAUGCACUACAAAGAGCAGGAGCUGCUGCGAGAGGAACUAAAUAAAAGGCAACAACAGUUAGAGCAAGCUCACGCGAUGCUGUUACGGCAUCACGAAAAGACGCAAGAACUAGAGUAUAGGCAGCAGAAGGGUGUGCACGCAUUAAGAGAGGAGCAACUGGCGAACCAGCAUGCGACGGAACUGGCCAACCAGCGCGACUACAUGCAGAGGCAGGAGCACGACCUUCGCAAGAAACAUGCGCUGCAACUUAAGCAGCAGCCCAAGAGUCUUAAGCAAAAGGAAAUGCAAAUCCGAAAGCAGUUCCGGGAGACUUGUAAGAUACAGACACGUCAGUAUAAGGCGCUCAAAGCGCAAAUCCUGCAGAUGACACCGAAAGAACAGCAAAAAGAAGUCAUAAAAGCACUGAAAGAUGAGAAGCGACGCAAAUUGGUAAAACUUGGCGAGCAGUAUGACCUUAGCAUCACUGAUAUGCUGCAGAAGCAGACCAUCAAGCUUGAUGAAAGUCAGAUGAUGGAGUGCCAACAGAAGAAGAUGCAACUGGAGCAUGAGUUGGAUAUGCUGACGGCGUACCAGAGCAAGAGCAAAAUGCAGGCGGAGGCGCAGCGCAACCGCGAGCGCCGCGAACUCGAGGAGCGUGUCGCCGUCCGUCGGGCGCUGCUCGAGCAGAAGAUGGAGUCUGAAUGCGCUCAAUUUAUGGCCGAGCGCGCGGAACGAACUCGUUUGAUGCACGAGAGGCACGAACAAGAGCUCGCGCAGUUCGACAAUGAGAGCGCGCGCCUUGGUUUUAGUGCAAUGGCGAUCGCGGAAGGCAGCCGGGAGGGCUACGGAGAGGAGGAGCAGUCAUUGUCCGGUUCUAUGCUUUCGUUGGCGCACAGCAACUCUUCGGCCAGCUUCCCCGCAGGAUCGCUUUAA